GGCCCUUUCAACUGUGGAGUGUUAUAAGGGCCAUUGGGCAGCCAUCUAGCAUGUAUACUGAAGAUGACCCAUUCUCAUUUUCUGUUGAGCCUAUGCUCCCUUUUUCCCAGAGUAAUCUGGGGCUGGUUGUGUCAUCAGGGUCUGGCUCUUCCAUCAUCAUCCAGGGCAGUACAUACAGGGUCUUAAGGUUUUGGCCACAGCCUCUCUUUCCCCUUCAACUUCUUCCAUCCUUAACCCUGCCCAUCUACACAAGGUUCAUCGAGUCCACUGACACUCUUACGAUUCGGCCGACAAUCGAGGAUUCGAGUUUGAGGGAAGUGAGCUUCUUUCUCGUGCUUGUAAGUUGUGUGCAUCCCCAUCUUCAAGGUCAUCCAUCGUCCGGACGAGUAGGAAGAGCAGUCAGUACCGAAAACAAAUUCCUCCCCUCAUGGCCACUACCACCGUCUCCUCAUCGGCGAACCCACUACUGGAAUAUCAACCAGCUUAUACCUACUCCAUGCCCACCCAACUUCUCAUCCUCGGAAUCGUACUCACCCUGCUCACCGUCCUACUCCUGCACCUACUCUUCACUGCAAAGUACCACUACCCUCUCGCCCCAUGCAACUUCAUCCUCCUCUUCUCAGCCGUCAUCCUCACCCAACUCUCGACCAUCAUCCUCGUCAUCCUCACGAAUAUCUACCUCUUCAAUCGCAGUCGUUAUUGGCCCUUCAUGUUCGAUUAUAUCGAAGUCACCAUGCCCAUGACUGACUGGAACGUCGUCCCAUUAGCUGGAUGGUAUAUCAUGCAAGGAGCUGUCACCUUUCUGGCUCAUGCUACUCACAUUCAAUUCUUGACCCUUCUCUUCCCAUCAACUCUAGAGCGAAGACUCAUCCUCGCCUUCCUCGGCCCACUCUGCGUAUUUGCCUCUGUCCUCUUCUUUACCCAUUUCCUCUCUGAUCCGAACUACCAAGACCUGGGUGAUGCGAUCCGGAAUACAGCCACCUCGACCCUCUCGCUACUAUAUACGUUCGGACUAUUGAUCUGGGGAUAUGUUGUUAAUCGAAAACGGGCCUGGGAGUUCGAAGGCGGAACGUUUGGCUUUGGAACCAUGUCUAUCAGUCUAGCUCUCGUCGGCACAGCAGCCAAUUUUAUCGAGGUUCGAGAGGACCGACUCAAGUGGCUACCCUGGCUAGUCAACACCGUCCUACUCUGGCAGUCAUGGGCUGGGUUCUGGUGGUGGGUUGGUGCGGGGAUGUGGUCGGGUGAGGUACAGGAUAUCGAACGACGAGAAGACAAGAAGCGGAGGAGGGAAGAGAAACGUCAACGGAAACGAUCCAAGAUGCUAAAUCUGAUCUCCAACCUGUCUCAAUCCUCUCGCGACCUAGCAUCUACCUCUGGCUUCAGUAGCGGUCUCCAUCACGACUCGUCUCCUCAGUCACCCAACCUAGCUAGAUCUCCUUCCUCAAGAUUCGGCUCGGCCGUCCCCUCACGUGCAUCCACCAUCGUGCGAAGGUUUCCAAGCUCGCGUCGGGAGGAGGAGGAAUCCGCCAGUCAUAUCGAGCUCGAUGUGCUCAGCCCCCCUUCGAACCAAACCGGCGAGAGAUUAACCCAAGGGCAGAUCCGAUCCCACACGACCGAGACCUCCUCAUCGACGAACGAUACGCCGACGGCGGACGACCGAAGGAUAUUCUCAUUCAUCCGUCAACCAGUCUUCCUACGUCAAUGGCUCGGGACACUCAGCCAAGCGCACAACGAGGCGGCCAAGCAACAGGCCCGGACGGCCGGGGCCGAGCAAGUCAAGCGGUUCGGGAUCCGCGCGAUGACCCAAAAAGUGAUCAUGGAAAGAGUCGGCCAACAGCAGCGGGAUCUGCCAGCCGAGAGUCCCAGAUCAGUGGCCGACUCUCGGCGUCGAUCACGCCCCCCGGCCCGACCGACGGCCGAGUCGGACUCGGAUAACUGGGUCAGCGACGAGGACGACCCGGCGGCGAUGGCUACGAAUGGCCAACAUCGGCCCACCGGCGGAGCCCCUUCGAGCCAGACUUACUCCCCAUCUCCCUCCUCACCACAUACCUCCCAUCCUCACCAAACCCAAUACGCCAGUCUCCCCAAAUCCUCCCCUCGUCCUUCACCCCAAAACCUCAACCUUGGACUCCGUCUCGAACCCUUUCCCCCCGCUCCUUCCUCCUCCUCUAACCCCUCCCAUCAACCCUCCUCUCAACAUCUAGAACCCUCGCAACAGUUGCCUCGUAAUUGGAAACGGCCGCUCAUUAAGGCGAGGCUUAGAGACAUCACUCGAUACGAUUGAUCGCUGUCUUCUUCCCUCCUUGGCUUCCUUGUAUCCUUCCCGCCCCCCCCCCUCC